ACCUCCUUUGGCACACAGGCUGCUGCUGGGAAGAAAAGAUGUUUGGCUUUCACAAACCGAAGAUGUAUCGCAGUAUAGAGGGCUGCUGUAUUUGCAGAGCUAAGUCUUCCAGUUCCCGUUUCACUGACAGCAAACGUUAUGAAAAGGAUUUCCAGAAUUGUUUUGGGCUCCAUGAGGCCCGUUCAGGAGAUAUUUGCAAUGCCUGUGUUCUUUUGGUGAAAAGAUGGAAAAAAUUACCAGCAGGAUCCAAAAAAAACUGGAAUCACGUGGUAGAUGCCAGGGCUGGACCCAGUCUUAAAACAACUUUGAAACCAAAGAAAAUGAAAACUCUGUCUGGAAGCAGAAUAAAGAGCAAUCAAAUCAGCAAACUGCAAAAGGAAUUCAAGCGGCACAAUUCUGAUGCCCACAGCACGACUUCCAGUGCCUCCCCGGCUCAGUCACCCUGUUACAGUAACCAGUCUGACGAUGGCUCUGACACGGAGAUGAGCGCUGGGUCCAGCAGAACACCAGUUUUCUCCUUUUUAGAUCUCACAUAUUGGAAAAGGCAAAAGGUCUGCUGUGGAAUUAUUUACAAAGGUCGUUUUGGGGAAGUCCUCAUAGACACUCAUCUCUUCAAACCUUGCUGUAGCAAUAAAAAGUCUGCCACUGAAAAGCCGGAACAAGAAGGACCACAGUCUCCAGCAAUCUCCACCCAAGAGGAGUGGUGACUUCCUUGGAUAGCUGCAGAAGGUUACACAGAUCCUCUUAUUCUCUGGAAAAAUACUAGAAAAGUGACUGUUCACUUUGGACACCUGCUAUGCUGCCAAAAGACUAUUCCCUAGAACUGUUUUGGGUUUUACUGCUACAAUUCCACAAACUCUGAAGCCAGUUUGUAUCCUUUCAGAAAGACUGUACAUAAUAUUUAAGAUGCUGUGGAACACUUGGCAAAGCUGAAUGCUGCUGCAAGGUUGUCUAAUCUUCCCCCCACACUCACUUCACAAGUGAACAUGAGGAUGGGGUUUUAUAUAUUAAAGUAUAUGUAGUUCAUGUUUCUGUAAUUGAAAGAAGCAGUGGUUGUAAGGCUUUUUUUUUUUCUUUAAAAGUUGAUUGGUAAACUCCCUUAAAUCCCCGAGAAAAUAUUUCAUUCUUAGACAUGUAUGAGUCAAUAAGAUGAACUAAUACAUAGAAAUGUUAUAAGUCACCUCUCUAGUUAUAUAAAUAUAUAUUUUUAAAGGUGUGGAGAUUUCACCCUGUACUACUGAUGUAACAAAGACAAAUAUUUCGUCCCUCCUUUGUGGCACAGACUGGUAAACUGCAGACAUCUCUACUGUGAGUGGUAGCUUGCUGAGAAGGCCUCUAACAUACAGUCCUCCUCAGAAGGGGUGGGAGAGCUCUCCACCUUAGCUGAGGAGGAACAUAGCAAAAUGGGAGGUUACUUUGUUUUAAGCCAUCACCAGACACCCCGGGCGUGGUGUAGUAACCAGCUGGUGGUUAGAGGUGGACCAAGAAACAUCUUGAUGCCUACAUUAGGUGUAAAUGAUGGCCAAAACCAAGUAACUCCUCUCAGUUGGCCCAGUGCAGCUGAAAUGUGACCACAAACAAGACUCCUCCUGGUUUUGGACCUGACAUAGAACCAAACCCCUCGCUAAGCAAAUCAGGCUCUGGUCCAGGGACAUAAUCUGAUUGCAGCCUGGGGUCUGGAUUCACAGUUGCUGUUUUGAAACCCUUCCCCUGCAGUGCUUCUCUGUGUUUGGGUUUUGUUUUUUCUGUUUGUUAGUUUAAGCAGCUGCCAGAUCAACGCUUUUGUGAAUUUGAAAAGUUCUGUUAAGAAUGGUGCUGUGCUGAAUCAAGGCAGAGCUCUGUUUGCAUUCGUGAUCAAAAGAUAAUACUUUCUACAUAGAUUCCCAGAGAAGCUCAUGUGCAAAUCAUUGUGACACUCCUUCAAGCUCCCCUUUGCCUUUGUGGGGUGGAAGCAGCUUCCUGGAAGAUUGUGCUGCCGUUUUAGUUCCCAAUUGCUUCAUGUUCCUUUUAUGAAGGUUUAACUUGUGUGAGUUGGGAAUUCUGCUUUUUGUUUCUUUGGUUUUUUCCUGGUUUUGGGGGGAGGGUUUUUUUUUCUUCUUACAAUUACUCUUUUGGGAUAUCCUGCAAUGGAUUGCUACGUGGUGUGAUUCUUUGGAGCUGUGCUGCACAGGGCCAGGAGUUGGAGUCGAUGAUCCUGAUGGGUCCCUUCCAACUCAGCAUAUUCUAUGAUUUUAAGCUUUCCCUUUUGUGAGAGUCAUCAGCAUAAUACUGUGGUGGGUAGGGUUUAGGACUGGAUUUCCAUGUAGUCUCCAUUCCUGAAGUGGGAAUACUUAGCAAAUGAAAAUAUAGAUAGGGAAAGAUAUGCAGGUUUUAAGAGGAGCCUCUGUCCUCAAAGCUUUUUUUCUUUCUUUCUUUUUUCCUCUCCUUCUGUUGGGUAAUCCAACCUCUGGAGAGAAAGAAAAAUCAGGGGAAACAGGGCUUUGACUUAUCACAGCCUUACAGCUUAGAGCUUUCAUUGGACUUAUUUUGCUUUUCCUAAACUCUGGAGGUUCUGAAGGGAGGACAGAGCUGCUUACCUUGCUUUCAUCCUCAAUGAAAUAGAAUCAUUUGGGUUGGAGAAGACCUAAGAUCAUCGAGUCCAGCCAUAGAUAUAAUGGACACUUGGUUGUGUAAAAGCAUAACUAGGUUGAUCAUGUCCAAUAAGGGCUUGAGCAAGAGUCCUUGCUAGUUUUGCAGACACCUGUUUCAUAUGAAUUUGUGUUUUCAGCAUCAGUAAUUCUGUACACCUAAGGCUGCAGUAUUGGUGGUCGGAUGUGCUCUGAUACGAAUCAUCUCUUCUGUAUUUAUUUAUUUAUUUCUAGAUUUCAACCACCAACUGCUUCCCCUACUCCUUCCCACCUCUUCCAUUCCUGGUAGUAAUGCAAAAUGAACUGUAUGUAGUCAUGCACUUUGUAUUAAUGUAUUAGAAAUCUAUGGAACCUGUUUUGUACUUUUAUACUGUUCAGACACUUGUAAUCCAACCUUUUUUUUACUAGGGUAAUGAAUAAAUUUAGACUUAUUUAGAAAAUAA